AUGAUCUACAACCCCAGUACCAACAGGAACUACAAUCCCAGUACCAAUAUGAUCUACAAUCCCGGAACCAGUAUGAACUACAAUCCCGGUAACAAUAUGAUCUACAAUCCCGGUACCAAUAUGAUCUACAAUCCCAGUACCAGCAGGAUCUACAAUCCCAGUACUAAUAUGAUCUACAAUCCCAGUUCGAAUAUGAUCUACAAUCCCAGCACCAAUAUGAUCUACAAUCCCGGUACAAAUAUGAUAUACAAUCCCAGUACCAAUAUGAUCUACAAUCCCAGUACGAAUAUGAUCUACAAUCCCAGUACUAAUAUGAUCUACAAUCCCAGUACCAUUAUGAUCUACAAUCCCAGUACCAAUAUGAUCUACAAUCCCGGUACAAAUAUGAUCUACAAUCCCGGUACCAAUAUGAUCUACAAUCCCGGUACCAAUAUGAUCUACAAUCCCAGUACCAUUAUGAUCUACAAUCCCAGUACCAAUAUGAUCUACAAUCCCGGUACCAAUAUGAACUACAAUCCCGGUACCAACAGGAACUACAAUCCCGGAACUAGUAUGAUCUACAAUUCCUGGUACUAA